AAGCCACGGAUCUGAUUCCGGCCUCAAAACUCCGCCGCAGAAAUCAUCACAGGAUAUCGAGAGAAUAAAAGGCCGGUCCAAUUGCGCCGGGCCAGAGUCGCCAUGCGAUCCGAUCUUCCCUCUUCACUCUUCCGUUCCGUCCCUGUCUCCCAGGCACUACCACGGCCCAGAUGCAGCGGGCAAUGAUGCUCGUCCGGCACACACUCCGCCGCCCCGCCAUCCACCUCUCGAUACCGUCCGCUUGCACCCCCUCGACGCGACAUCUCGUCUCCCUGCCUCGCCAUAACCAAUCCUCACCCGCCAUCACCACCACAACCACUGGCCGACGACGCACAAUGGCAACCCGCUGCGGCACACCCCCCUCCUCGUCCGCCCUGGAAAAGCUCCCCUCAUCCUCAAUCCGGGUUUUGCGCACAGUGGAAUCGGUCCGGCGCUGGCGAAAGCCGCACCAGCUCGACCAGCGUCGCGUCGCGCUAGUACCCACCAUGGGCGCGCUGCACGAGGGCCACCUAUCGUUAGUCCGCGCCGCGGCGCGCGAGAACCACCACGUGGUGGUGUCGGUCUACGUCAACCCGGCGCAGUUCGGCGUCGCCGAGGACCUGGCCUCGUACCCGGUCACGUGGGAGGCCGACGCGGCGGCGCUGGUGGCUUUGGAUCGCGAGCUGGCUGAUGAUGGGCAUAACCUGGGUCGUAUUUCUGCUGUUUUUGUGCCCAGUACGCAGGAGAUGUACCCUGGUGGGUUUCCGGGGCAGGAGGUGGAUAGUAAGGGCAGUUUUGUGUCUAUAACGCCGGUGGGGGAGGUUCUUGAGGGCAGGUCGCGGCCGACUUUUUUUCGGGGGGUGGCGACUGUGUGUAUGAAGCUGUUUAAUAUUGUCCAGCCGGAGCGGGUGUAUUUUGGGCAGAAGGAUGUGCAGCAGACGGUGGUGAUUAAGAGGAUGGUAAGGGAUUUUAUGCUGCCCAUUGAGGUUGUUGUCGGCCCUACAACGAGGGCGGCGGAUGGGUUGGCAUUGAGCUCGCGGAAUGUUUACUUGGGGGAGAGGAGGCGGCCUGUUGCGACGGUGCUGUACCGGGCACUGUGUGCUGCCGAGAAGGCGUAUAAGGAUGGCGCAAAGGACCGGGAAACGGUGCUUGGCGCUGCGACUCGGGUUCUCGAGACGACGUUGGCGGAGCAGAUGGCCCUUGGGCAGGAGGGGAGGGUCCGGUUCGAGGUUGACUACAUCUCGCUGGCUGAUCCUGACACUAUGGAGGAGCUUCAGGCGGUGGACCCGGCGAGGGGUGGUAUUCUCAGUGGCGCAGUGCGUAUGCUGCCCGUUGAAGCCCCGCGGGAGGGGGAGGACCUCGGUCACAGUGGCGGUCCGCUUGUCAGGUUGAUUGACAAUAUCAUCCUGCCGCCUGUAGCAUGAGUGACAACCCCUUUGAUGGCGGCACAAGUUUAUUUGCAUUGUUAGGCGUCAGGGAUUUGGUCCGCUCAGCGCGCGUGUUCCGCAGGUCCAUAGACAUGUUUGUUAGCUGCAAAGUUGGUAUAGGAAGCUAGAUGUAUGCUAUAGAAACAUUGAUAAAUACCCAUUCU